CUCCCUCUGUCCCCCGCCCCCGGUCCUCGGUCGCGUCUGAGGAGGCGGGGUCCGCUCUCCUCACACCGCGCUCCGGGGCAGGUGAUAAUGGAGGGGAAGUCUCCGCUUUGGCUGCGGCGCCGUGUUCGGGCGCAUCCCAGAUCCAUUCCCUCUGUGGAACUUCUGAACAUCUUUUAUUAGUGGAAACAUUUUUGCACAAUGAAGUCAACAUCUUAAUCUAAACCAGUGUUGGUGUGGUUCUGAUUCAUCUGCUAUAGUUCAUGAAUCUUGAGAUCUAAGGAGUGCAGGGUCUUUUGCAAUGACAAUAUGACUAAUACUAAAGGAAGGUCUAUUACUAAUAAAACAAGUAAUGGUCCAAGUAAUGGAGGAGGUUUUGUAGACUGGACUUCAAGUUUAAGUACAAUUCAGUCUGAUAAGUUUUUAAACUUGCUGUUGAGUAUGGUUCCAGUAAUUUACCAGAAAAACCAGGAAGAUAGGCACAAAAAAGCAAACAGCAUUUGGCAAGAUGGGUUAUCCGCUGCAGCACAGACUUUUAGUAAUAGAUCUGAACAGCACAUGGAAUAUCACAGUUUCUCCGAGCAGUCUUUUCAUGGCAAUAAUGGGCACACACCAUCAAGCUGUAGCCAAAAGUAUGACGACUGUGCCAACUACAAUUACUGUGAUGGAAGGGAGACUUCGGAAACUACGGCCAUGUUACAAGAUGAAGAUGUAUCUAGUGAUGGUGAUGAAGAUGUCAUUGUGGAAGCAAACCAGAAGUUACCAAAGGAAUCCAGCGGUGUCAUGGCACUGCAAAUACUUGUGCCAUUUUUGCUAGCUGGUUUUGGAACAGUUUCAGCUGGCAUGGUUUUGGAUAUAGUCCAGCACUGGGAGGUGUUCAAAAAAGUAACGGAAGUUUUCAUUUUAGUUCCUGCACUUCUUGGUCUCAAAGGGAACUUGGAAAUGACAUUGGCAUCCCGGUUAUCCACUGCGGUAAAUAUUGGGAAGAUGGAUUCACCCAUUGAAAAGUGGAACCUAAUAAUUGGCAACUUGGCUUUAAAACAGGUUCAAGCAACAGUAGUUGGCUUUCUAGCAGCUGUGGCAGCAAUUAUUUUGGGGUGGAUUCCAGAGGGAAAAUACUAUCUCGAUCAUUCCAUACUUUUGUGCUCUAGCAGUGUGGCAACUGCUUUCAUUGCAUCUCUUCUGCAGGGAAUAAUAAUGGUUGGGGUUAUCGUUGGUUCAAAGAAGACUGGUAUAAAUCCUGAUAAUGUUGCCACACCCAUUGCUGCUAGUUUUGGCGACCUUAUAACUCUUGCCAUAUUAGCUUGGAUAAGUCAGGGUUUGUACUCCUGUCUUGAGACCUAUUACUACAUUUCUCCAUUAGUUGGUGUCUUUUUCUUGGCUCUAACUCCUAUCUGGAUUAUAAUAGCUGCCAAACAUCCAGCCACAAGGACAGUUCUCCACUCAGGCUGGGAGCCUGUCAUAACAGCUAUGGUUAUAAGUAGCAUUGGGGGCCUUAUUCUGGACACAACUGUAUCUGAUCCAAACUUGGUUGGGAUUGUUGUUUACACACCAGUUAUUAAUGGUAUUGGUGGUAAUUUGGUGGCCAUUCAGGCUAGCAGGAUUUCUACCUACCUCCAUUUACACAGCAUUCCAGGAGAACUGCCUGAUGAACCCAAAGGUUGUUACUACCCAUUUAGAACUUUUUUUGGUCCAGGAGUAAAUAAUAAGUCAGCUCAAGUUCUGCUGCUGUUAGUGAUACCUGGACAUUUAAUUUUCCUCUACACUAUUCAUUUGAUGAAAAGUGGUCACACUUCUUUAACUGUAAUCUUCGUAGUGGUAUACUUAAUUGCUGCUGUGUUACAGGUGUUUACCUUGCUGUGGAUUGCCGACUGGAUGGUCCAUCAUUUCUGGAGGAAAGGAAAGGACCCAGACAGUUUCUCCAUCCCCUAUCUGACGGCACUGGGUGAUCUGCUCGGGACAGCCUUUGGAAAUAAUUAGGAAUGGUGCAUGUGACAAUAACGAACACAAAAAGAUGGUACCUGCACAUUGAAGAAUCUUGGCAUUUAUUGGACAAUCCACAAAUAUGUGAGGAAAGAUAUUCUGCAGAAGUGGACUGCUUUCAUACUUAAUGACGAUGGGGUAUUAUAAGAAGAAAUAACACAUAAAUGUGGGCCCGGAAGAGGGGAGCAGUUCCCUCCCUGUCACCAGCCCUUCAGGCUACGACGUCAUACUGUCACAGGCUGCCAACUCUGGGCAGUUCCCGCAGGCAGCCUUUUCUGGUGCUUCUCCCAAGCCUCACCGAACUUCUGGGGAUUGGCACCAACUCUUCAGACCUGGUUUAUUACAAACCUAUGUUGUCCAUCUGCACAAGCUUGCCCUUAGACACUUCCCGACCUCCUCCCUCUCCAGCCUUCUCCCUGCCCCCCUUCUCCACCCCCACUUCUCAGCAGGUGUUCUUUACAUUCCCCCACAAGGAGAAGGUUGAGGCCUCCAGGACGUGCUACCCAUUCAUCUUUUUUCCUGCCUGACAUCCCGCCUUGUUGAAAGCUGACCCUUUCACCUAUGCCUCUUCUGCCACAUCUCCCCCAUACCUGUUUUUCUUCAGCAUCAGGAUCUCACUCUCCGCUCCCUGUUAUGCCAAAGCCUCCCCUAGAGGGAGGAGCCUCCACUAACACUGUCCACUCUCCUCUCCAAUUGCCAGCUCUCUGUGCAGUAGCUGCUCCUGCCUCCUCUUCCUCACUCUUUCCUCUCUGCUCAGCACCUGUCAGCCGAAACCCUUUCCCUUCCCCUGUCUUCUUUGACCCCUGGGCUAUAUCGCCGACGUACUGAGAUCUUCUUCCUUCCUGUUCCCUGGGUUUCCUCUGUAUAAACACGUGCUGGAAUAAGCAGAGCUCACUUUCUGGCUUUGCCGCUUCCUAGCUGUGUGUCAGUCAGACACAUUACAGAUCCUAACCUUUUAAUGCAAUUUAAUUCAACAAAUACUUGAAUCUACCUAGCCUAUUGAUUUAGUGUAACUCAGUUAUCUACUAAGCAGUUCUUUUAUGCUGGGCAUUAUUCUAGGAGCUGGGGGUACAUUGAUAAAUGACUCCCCUAAAGUCUGUGUGGGGGCUAUAGUUUAGAGUAGAAAUGGAAAAUCAAUCAAUCAGAUGAUGAUAAUAUCAGUAGACACCCUUCAUCGUUUAAAAAAAAAAAUCAGUAUGUACACAGCACGUCAGUAUGGCCUAGGCACCUGGGAAAGGAGUCUUACCAUCAAAAGUGGAGCAGCAUUGGUGUCCCCGGAAGGGAGGUAUUUAAUCUUCACUAUGAACAUCGACAUUCUUUACUUCUGGCCAAUGCACCCUUUUCUUUAAUAAUUAAAGCAGAUGCACAAUGUUUGUUUGUUGGGCUAUAAGCAGGCUGUCUUAGCAUAAAAUUCAAGUUAAAUCAUGUAUAAGCCAGAAUGACUUCUCCAUACCUCAAUAUGUAAAAAUUUCUUCCAUUUAGUGCCUGGCAUAUAAUUAGACCUCAAUAAACAGUCACUCUUAGUGAGUUCACCAGAUCCAGCUGAUCUACCAAAAAAAAGCACAUCUCUGAAACAACAUGGACCUGGGUUCCUACCUCAGUCCCACCCUUGUAUGGAACCAGUUCCUUGUCUGACCAUGAGACUGACUGCAGGCAAAUCAACACCUUGAAGGAUGAGUUUCCUUCUCUAUAAAACAGCAAUGAUACCUACUUACAGAUUUCACAAAGAUUAGAGAGAAAGUAUGUAUAUUAUAAGGGCUGAAUGAAUAGUAAUUAUCGGGAGAACAUGUUUUCCACAAUGUUUUCACUUAAAUGUAUCCAAUUCUCAGUUUGGUGGGUUCUAAAGACAUGGGCUUUGGAUUUGAAUCCUGCCUCUGCCGCUUAAUAAGGAGCUCAAUCUUGGGCAGUUCAUUUAAUCUCCAAGACUCAGGUUUCUCAUUUAUAAGAAGUGGGUAGUAAUUCCUACCUCAUGAGGUGGUUGGGAACAUUAGAUGAGAUAAAGUACUUGGAACAAAAUAGUAGGCAGGUAGGAUGUACUUAAUAAAUACUAGCUUUUCUGCCUUCUGCUAAAUUAUUUCUGUAAGAUUAAAAUAACAACUGUAGAAUCAAGAAUUACAGCAUGAAACAUCUGUGAGAAAAUCAGGGUCACAUGAGAUACCCACUCAAGUGCAGGAGAGCCGUCUUUGAGGGGACUGCGCAUCAGCUCCCGGGGGUGCACACACACUGUCUGCUCUCCUGAACUCAGGGAUUGGUGAUUAACAUUAUAUAGACAGUUAACAAUACUGAGUCAAGAGGUAUGGUCUUUAGUGCGUUCAUUUGGUAGUUAUUUGUUUUUCCUUUUUUAAUUGUAGGGUCAAAGAAUCUUUGAGAAACCAGAGAUGGAAAAAAAAUGGUUUUAAAUUUGAAACAUCUGCAGAGUUACAACUGAACUUUGGGGAACUAAAUUGCCAAUCCAUAUACAGUGUUUCUGCAGGGGGCGUUUGGCUGAUUAUAGGAAGGAGAAAAUGCUAGUAAAGAGAAAAGAAAAGAAAGGAACAGCUCUACUGUUUGCACAUUUUAGAGGACAGACCAGUUUCAAGAUGGCAGCAUGGCCAACCCUGAAAUCUCGUUCCUUCUCACCAAGUCCAGAAAAAUGAUAGACAAAAAUGGAAAAAAAUUUAAAGCCGCCUCACCAAGAGCUGUCCCCCUCCACCUCCACAGCUUCCUCUGACUUCUCCUAAUGCCUUUGCAAGUCCCACUCCCUGGUGCAUGUUUUCUCUGAGAGCUGCGCCCGGGGAACCACAAUAGCUCAGGAAAGAGUUGGGAGAAUUCUGAGCUCAUCAGAAUGACAGAGCACAUGAAGAAGGUCAACCUGAUUAAAAAAAAAGAAAGAUGCAUCAACUGUGUUGGGGGGACGCCAGAGGAAGAAGCCUGUUCGAGAGACUCCCUAAUGUGCAUUUCUGGUGGUGACAGGCAAGGUCACUGGGCAUUGCUGGAAAGAGAAUUUUUCUGCAUGAGAUAUUUGUCUGUGCCUCCCAUUUAUUUAUUCAGUCAUUUAUUUAUGUCAGUAUAGACUCAUGGCUAUUUAUGCUUUGGGUUAUAAUCCAGUACUACUUUGUUUAUUUUGUUGCUCAAAUGUUGGCCAGCUCUGGCCAUUAGGAGUUCUUUCCUUUUCAGUUGGCCCCUGUAUUGCUUUGACACAUCCCAUUAUUUGAGUUUUGUGUUUUGUUUCUUGGUUUUGUGCACUUUCCUACUUUCUGGCACUGUAACAUGCUCCUGGCUUAUCCCUUUUUUUCCCCCAUAAUGCUCUGAAUUAAUAAGAGUUUGAUAUGGAUUUUUAAUGUAUAUGUCCUCAGUAUUUGUAGAGUGUUAUCUCAAGACUCCAGAAAAUAGGGGAAAAAAUUUUUACUGCAUUUAGAUUUUUCCAGGACUAAUUCUCUCCCAUAUUUUAUGUACAUACGGUGUCUGGAAAGGAGAACGUCUUCCACUCUACCCUUGUAUUAUUUCAUCUUGGUCUUAGAAAAGAAGCAUUUUGCUGUGAUGGAACAAACACUAACUUUGGGUGUCCUAAGAGAUGUUAGAAUGUCUUUCUACUCUAGAGACCAUAUCACCUUUCCUGAGCAUACUAUAGCACGAAUAUCUUAAACUUACUGUGUUGUUUGUCUUCUGAGUAGUAGGAAUUCUUCAUAUUGAAAUUCUCUAUGAGUUAUGUAUUUUGCAAAUACUGGAGGAAUUGCCUCUUCAUUUUUCAAAAUUUAAAUUUAAAAAUUUGUAUUGAGAUACAUUUGACACAUGGCAUUCUAUUCAUUUCAGGUGUACAACAUAAUGAUUCCAUAUACAUAUACAUUGCAAAAUGAUCACCCCAAUAAGUCUAGUUACCAUCUGUAACCAUACACAGUUACAAUUUUUUUCCCUUGUGACUAGAAAUUUAGGGCUCAUCUUGUAUGUUUCCUGCCCCAGUCCUAGAAUCAGCAGUUUCUCCAAGGAGCCCUGGUUCCUUUUAUUAGAGAAUGGUAUUAGAAACAAAGAUCUGGGUGCUAUGUGUGUUCCUUGCUGCUGGGGAGCAGCCCUCUCAGCUCAGAGAACAAGGAAAUAUAUGCAUGUUUGUUAACCUAUGCAUACAUACCUACCUGUAAAUAUUUCUAUAUGUAACCAUCUCUCUCAUUUCAAGAUAAACAUGAAUCUAUACUGAUGUCUCCAACUCUAAUCCAUUACCACAUGGAUUAUCCUAGCCUCUUCCCCUUGCUUACUAUAAACUCCCACUCCCAACUAGAGAAGCCUGGCUCAACCAUUUGCCAUCUACUUACUUAAUUGUCCAACUCCAACACAUGUGUAUUGCAGUAUCAAAAUUGUUAACCUGUGCCCCAUGAGAUAGCCAUUGACUUUUAUUAUGUCUAAUGGUUAAUUUGAAAUUGUCUCCUGUUCUGUACUGUGAUGUUGUUUUGGUCCAUUGUCUCAAAGUUUUUAGUAAAAAGACUAACAUACAACAGCUUUAUAGCAACAGAAAAAGAGCCCUUCCAGGUCAGGAGGGAAGGGAAUACAAAGCAAGAACAGUGGCUCAAGAGGCAUCAAGAAUUCAACAGUUACAGGAAUUCAGACAAAGAGGACUAGGAGAAUUAAAGCCCUCGCGCGUUCUUGGAAAUUUUUAGAACUACUUCUAGAGGUUUGGGGAUUGUCACCAUAUGUGAAGUGAGGCUUGUAUUCUUCAAGAAAGGCUAGGCUAGGAUGGGAUAACAAAUAAACUCUGAAAUCUCAGUGGCUUCACACCAUAAACAUUUUAGCCUGGUGUAGGACAUGAGGUUCGUCACCAUCUUGAACACAUGGCAUCUAAGGUCACUACAGAAGAGAAGGAGAAAGCUGGGGAACUGCAUUUUUAAGGACCAGACAUGGAAUUGGCUGACAUCACUUCUUCCCAUGGCCCCAACUUCACUGUAAAGGAGGCUGGGAAAUGUGUGCCCAAGAAGAGAAAAAGGAAAUGAAAUUUGGUUGAACACAUGGCAUGUGUCUCCAUCACAGCACUCACUACAUUUUAUUUGGAUAUUAAAGGAGCACACGACUCAGAAAGCUGAAGGGCUGGAAGCUAUUUGGAGAACACAAGAAAGAGAAACACAUACAGCUAGCCAACUCAGUCACAGAGUCGCUGUCUCCAAGUCCUUGGGGCAGAAAAUCUGCUUGAGUCAUCUUGGGUCUGGUGUCCAAUCAGCUAAGGCCAGGUAAGGUCAGGGAUCACAAGGUGACUGGAUUGCCUCUUCUGGCUCUAACAGAGAGGGCAGAGGGGACGACUGUCAUCUCUGGGGUGCACACCAAACCCAUCUGCACAUCAUAGGGAAGGUGGCCUGAAAGUUUCUUUUGUAACUGCUGGGAAUAGGCCAGGAAACAGCCUUUGCUAAUAUGUUAUACAUGACUGUAACCAGGCACUUUCAGAAGUAAAAGUUGCAAAGUCAAGUUACAUAACACAAAGAGAUAAUGAGAGCCUAAAUAUAGCCUACAUAUAUACACAGAAAGUACUUGGAUGAUUUUUGAAAUGGUAAAUCUCCAGUUGUCCCUAGAUUGCUUAGGAAGCAGGAUACCCUUAGAUUAAGGAUGCCCUUAGAUUGAAUAUGACUGAAUCUCUUUUCCCCUCAUGUAAAAUGAGCUGCUAUCAGGUAAAACCACAGAGAAUGGAAACAAUUCCAGAACCCCUGCAGGGAUGAAAAGUAAAUUGGGGGAGGGUAUAGCUCAGUGGUAGAGUGCAUGCUCGAGGCCCUGGGUUCAAGCCCUAGUACUUCUCCACCAAAACAAACAAAAAUAACAAACAACAACAACAAUAAAACCCCACAAUAUAUCAGAAGUAAAUGGACUCAGUCUAAAUCUUUGUGAAGUUAACCUGUAUUCCGUGAGCAACUCUGGGCCCAGAGCUGGAUAGAUACUUAAAUCCUAUUUGGGUUCAGUCUACUUCAUGAUGUUGGGAAAACUAAACAUUUUAAAGAUGAUUUCUGGAAGUGUUUUGUAUUUUUGUUACUCUGUUUUUCCCCAAAGGCAGUAGUUAAAUAGCUUUGGGAUGUAGGUUUCCUCUGUCUUGGUGUUCUGUUUCUCUUGAUGACUCAACAGUUGAUAGUCAUAUCAGUCCUGGGACGUUAGUCCUGGGACAUUACUGCCAUACACAGAAUAUGAGUGUGUGUGCUUGCGUACAUGUGCAUGCGUGUGAUGUUUGCAUCCGACAGUCAAAUCGGGACUUGAUGCUAUAAUUUGCAUAUGAUGGUAUACAUUGUAUAUGACGGCAUACAUCAUAUAAGGCACCAGGAAGGUAGCUUAAAUCCAGUACUGCCUAAGGUUUGUUAAAUAGUUCCUCUUGAAAGGACAUCACUUGAAUAGGGAGUUUUGCUGCUGCAGCAGAUGAAUAAAUAUGUAUGAUAUAUA